UUAUUCAACCGUUGUGUAACCGUUGUGUUUUCUGAACGCAGCCAUUGUUCUGCUGAACACGGCCGUUAUUACAUGAAUAUUCUAACCUACAAUUCUGAUGCAAGAACAACACGGACUUGAGUAAAAUGUCUGAGAUGAGUUCAAACGCUAUGAUGAAUUCGGAAGAUCUUACUCAGGAGGAAUUGUCAAUACUGCAAAGUGAUCUUGUGGGCAAUAGUGCUCACAGUGCUCGUUGGAUAAUAGGUGUCAUGAAAUGUUUAGUUAAGGUACCCGAAGAUGGUUUUUCAGGAGAACUGGAGGAGAAAUAUAGACUUCUAUUUGAGAUUAGUAGUAACACUGAUGUGAAAAACUUUCUAAUACUACAUAACUUCAUCAACCUAGCAACAUCUUUAUUAGAUUAUUUUGAUGAACCUCUUAACCUUAUUGAAAUUACUAUAGGUAUUCUUGCCAAUUUAUGCCAUGAUGAAAUAGUAAUUGAUCUGAUAGCUGAAAAAACAAAUAUUGUAGAAAAAAUUUUUGGAUUCUUAAAAUCCUAUGACUUAUGGGUAUUAAUUCAAAUUAUCAGAUUUCUGCAACUUGUUGUACGGAGAAUCAAUAACAAUUCUAAAACAAUUUGGUAUCAUCACAUAAAAAAUUGUGAAUAUCUUGGAGAAUGUAUAAUUUUUAUAUUAAAAAGUUCAUUUUAUAAUAACUUAUUAAUAGAAACAAUAUCUUUGCUUUACUAUAUGGCUUGGGCAGAGUUUGAAGCCACCUAUAUAUUGGUAGAAGUUUUCCAAACUUCACCAGAUACUUUAGUACCUGGAAUGUUAGAGUGUUUCCUGGAGAUUAUAAAAGAGCAAGAUGUUCAUUCCUUCAGUGAUCUGAAGAUUAUGGAAAAAUGGUUGUAUAUAUUUAAAAUUGCGAAGAAAAUAUCUUCCAUAAACUUAACAUUUCAUGAUAAAUCAAAAUGGACAAAUGUUAUGACCAGAUUAUUGACACCAUAUAUGAGAUGCGCAUGUUUUUCAGAGGAAGAUAUCUCUCUUAUUGAAAUGACUAUCAUAGAUAUCAUGGAUACAUGGCGUAUUUCUAAUAUCAAAGUUCCAUUGGAAGUGCAACGUUCUUUGGCACAUGUAACCUGCAACAUUGACAAAGUUCUAGAUAACUGUUUAACAUGUAGUAAGCCACAAACAUCAACUGUAUUAUUGAUCGAACUUCAAUCGGUCACAAAUAUAUACUGGUUAGAGGUAAUUGAAUCCUCUGACAUAGAAGAAAUUGUAGAAAUAAUGUUUCCAUUUAAAGCAUAUUCUUGUAAUUAUUUAGUAAAACUUGGCCAAUGUAAAGAGAAAAUACCACAUUCAACAUCUGUCAAGAUAAGAAACAUUGUUACUGAUAUUGAAGAAUCAUGAUGCUUUUAAUACAUAUAUUUCAAAACA